CAUUUCCAUGCACUAUUUUUCCCAUGUUGGGGUGCUCUGAGAAAAAACUGUGUUUCAGAGCAUCCUUUGCGGGGCAUUUUGCCAAAGCCUUGGGGUCUCUGAUGACCUGGGUCUCACUGGAUCUGCUGCUGCCAGCCCCCAUCUGUACCCAUCCCUGCUCACACGUUCAGGGGCUGUUACGGACCCAUCUGAGAGCUUCCGACACCAUCCACUGCAGUCACCAUUGCCACACCGUGCAGGCACAGUGCUUUACACCACAUUUCCCCAGAAAGCCAACACGAGAGUAUGAAUUAUUAGCACAGAAAUAGGUCUUCUUGAUAUCAUGUGGGUUGCUGCAAAGAGUCUGUCUUCUCUCCAGCCACCUAUCUUUGGAUGGCCUUGAAUAAUCAUUAUUUACUCCUCUACCCUUAGGAAACUUGCUUCUGAGGUCAAAAAAUGUGAAGGAAUUGGUUCAGGCCUUAGAGGUGGCCAAGGACAAGGCAGCUUGACUCCGGUUUAGUGGGUGAAAGGGGGUGUCUGCAAGUCUGAACCACAGGAGAAACAGCACCGUGGUGGCCCUUCUCAUGCAACAGCCACCACCUCACCGCUUCUGCCUCAGGCUCAUGGUUACUGCAAUAAUCAGCUCAAAACUAGAUCUGAGAGCUCAAUAUUUUUUCCAUGUACCUCCCCUUUUUUGACUGUUUUUCUGCUCCAGGUUCAUUACCCCUGCCACAGCAACAUAGCCCUGAAACAUGGCAUUGGCUGGAGCUCUUCCCAACCAACCACUGGUUUUAACGUUGCGUCUCUCCUCCCUCACCAGCCAUGGGCUCUGCUGCAGCCAGUCUUUCUGUUUUGUACUCAAAAUCUUGCCCAAAAUCUUGUUUUGGGGGCGAAGAGGAAGCACACCUCCUGUUUGGUCCCAUUGCUGCUUCCUUGCUGCAGGUUUUUUUAAUACUGCCAGAGGUAAUUUUUUUUAUCUUGUCGCCCUCCUUUUCUGACUUUUCCCCAUUUCUUUUGAUUUAGCAAAGGCAACAGCAUGCACUGGCCCAAGGUGGUUCCUCUUCCUGAUGGUUCCCAUUAGUUUAUGAUCAUUCAUUUUCCCCCAGAUGACUCUCAUAUUCAGGUCUCUAACACAGCCCAGACUCAUCUGCAACAGCUUUUUUAAAUGCAACCUGAUAAGAAUUUGGGGCUGGUCCACUUGCGUUAUUUAAAAUACCACCAGCAGAAGCUAGUAACUUUUUCCUGCUCUAAAAUAUAUUUCUCCACUUUCAUGACACAAUUUUCCAAUUUCCAACCUUCCCCUGAAAGCCCGCGUACCUGCUCCUGCUCACUGCGGCCAGCGCAGCGGUGACUCCCUGAUACGAGCAGUUAGUUUGGCUUUUAAUUCCCGUUUUUCCCUCAUAAUUGCCUGGGUUUAUUCAAACGCUUCUUAAUGCUGUAUAACUGUCGUAGAGCUGCAGCUGCUUCACAAAUUUUGCACUCUUCUGGCUAGUUCAGUAGGUUUUUAUUUCAGUUUCUGGUUUUGCAUUUCCUGUCUACAUUCUGAUUUUCCUUCCCUGGUCCAUUUGCUAACCACACUGCCACACUUUCUGGGAGAAAAAUUGGAACUUGGCAGUUUUCUUUAAUUCUGCAAAUUCUUGCUCAGCUUGCUCAAUGCUUUUGCAAGGAUCCCGGUCCCAAGGGUUUGGUCCCCACUGAAUAACCCCAUUCCUCAGCUCUGACAUUGCUUGAAAAAACGUGGGAGGGGAUGUGUGUGUGGUCUGGGGUCAGAAAAACGCUUGGCUUUUGCUCUUCAUUGCUGUGUUUUCUUUCGCUUUGUUUUUUGUGGCGCUCUUACAAACGCGCCUGGCUUGCUGUGCUUUUGCAGAAAAGCCUGCCCAAAAAGGACAGCUGCCUGCAUCCUCCACCAAUUUAUGAUGCUCGAAAUCUUGGUUUUGGGCAAAGACGAUGCAGACCUUGCAUAUAAAUAAAGGCAAGAACGUAGUAUAACCGAAAUCACGAAGAUCUUACUAUUAGUCCAGAUCUAAUUAUUACAGAAAAAGAAGGAAUAAUGCAAUUAAAAUUACACACAUUUCAUGCUUUCUACCUCUUUUCCUGGGGUUGUGCUCACACCUCAUCCUGCUUCUCAGGGUCCUGAGCUUGGGGGUUUCAUUUUGGUGCCACCGGCACGUUACAGCUCAUUUUUGUAUGUUCGUUAAUGUUAUAAGCAUUAUUUGCUUUUGCAAAAGUAUUUGCUUUUGCACCUUUGCUCAUUCUUUUUUGGUUGGCAGCUCCGUGUUGCAUCUGAAUUUGCUUUAUAUGGUGCCAUUUAUGCAUGUUAGUCCCAUGUCCGCGCUCUUCUGCGUCACCACUUUGCAAGGGCUCUGCUACUGCGCCAGGCUCCGUUUCCAUGCUCGAGUCAUAAAACCGGGGUGUCCCCACACCAAGAUAAGCAAAAAUAAAGCAAAACUGGUGCCACUGCUCAACCAGAUGGAGCAAAGCAAGGAAAGCUCUGGCUGAGCUGCCAAGCUGCUGGAUGUGGCUGCUCCUGCAUGAGCAGGCUCUAAUCUUCCCACGCAGCUGGGCUGGAAAGUGCGGCAGUAACAUACCCGCCCGCUCGAUCGCUUUAAUCUUUAUUUUUUAUCUGAGGCAAGUGCUGAAGAGGCCAAAACAUUUCUUCACUGGCGACUAUGACUUGCUAACGGAAAGUCACUGAACACUCAAAAACUGGAGAAUUUGAGAAGUGACUGCAGUUUCCAGGAGCACCGAGCUGGGUGCUGUCACUGCUGGCUUUGCUUUACCUUUAGCCUUCCACCAGCAAAGUGAGAAGCACAGGUGGAAAACCAGCAGGUGUUGCAGUUGAGGUGCAGGGAAGAUGUGGUUUCUCUCCUUCUGCGGGAACUUCAACAUCAAGUCUCCCCUGCCUGGCUUCAUCAUGUAUUUCACAGCAUCCGUCGUUCAAAAGCUGGAAGCAGCCCCGUUCACGCUGGUGGGACCUGCCGGCCCUGUGGCAGCGGUCAUGGGCCAGGGCAUCGUGUUGCCCUGCAGCCUGCGUCCCCGGAGGAGCGCCACCAACAUGACGGUGACGUGGACCCGAGUCGCCGACGUCGUGCACCACUACGGCAGCAGGCAGGACCAACACGAGAAGCAGGGGCCGAGCUACCGCGGGAGGACAGGGCUGUCCAAAGAGGGUCUCGCCAGCGGGAGUGCAGCGCUGAGCAUCUCCACGGUCAGGCCCGCCGAUGAAGGCCAGUACAUCUGUUUUGUUCAAGAUGGUUCUGAUCAUGAACGUGCCACGUUGACGCUGGAAGUAGCAGCUCCCUUUUCUCUAGGAGUGUUUCCCUGGAUGGUGGCUCUGAUCGUGACCCUGGUGGCUUGGAUGGGGUCUCUUGGCCUCAUAGCUUACCUGCUUAAAGCUAAAGCAAGGCAGUCCACAGAAUGGGGCAGAAAAGCUGCAGAACUUGCCGACGUGACGUGGGAUCCCGACACGGCUCACCCUCUCCUCCGCCUCUCCGCGGACGGCAGACGCGUGGAACGGGGGGAGGCACCACAGCUUCUGCCCCAGCGCCCGGGGCGAUUCGACACUGAGCGCUGCGUGCUGGGGGACUUUCUGUCCUGCCACAGCGUUGGUGGAGCCACCACUGCUCCAAGCAAGGAGGAGAAGCCAGAAAUGGGGAGAAUUAGGGGCUUCUCUGCCUCACCGGGGAGGACGCAUGGAGCAGAAGGAGACGUCAUCGCGUGUGUAUUACACACUCUUUGGCCCAACUUUUGUAUCACAGGGAUUCAACCCCAAAUUGCUGGAAUUACGAUUAAAAAAUUACAAUUAAAAACAACCAAAAAAAGCGCUCACAACUACAUUGCGGACACGUGUUUUCUCCGUGCAUUUUUCCAUGCUUUUCACAGCCGGAUGGUGUCACAAGGGCAUCCAGGGCUUCUCCGAGAUGCAGAGGGGCAUCUCAGGUGGCUUUUACCUCCGGGGAGUUUAUUGUCAGGCUGGUUCACGCUUUACUAAAAGACUCAUUGUUAGUCCGAUCGCAAUAGCGACAUUUAUAAGCCACUUUGCCCCAAAUUUCCGGGCUGGAAGGGAAGGAGAUGCAGGGGAACGCGAAGGAGGUCUAGAAGUAACCUACGGAAAGGAGAAGGUGAGCUGGGACCUGCUCGACAUCUCUUGAAGCUGGAACCAAGGUCACCUGCGGACAGAUCUAAUUAACAAGCAGAAGGCGACGGACGCGGCAAGUUUCCAUUGGGCCAAAAAAAUCAUUUGGCUGCAGGGAUGAAGGAAAUAAUUGAAUGAAACAAAUGAAAAAAUGAA